GUUUACACUUGUUUACUUCCGGUGACGUCGCUGUCACAGAAAGAAAUGGCUUCUCUUGACAGGGUUAAAGUAUUAGUUUUAGGAGAUUCUGGGGUGGGCAAUUCUUCCUUGGUCCAUCUGCUAUGUCAGAAUCAGGUGUUAGGAAAUCCAUCAUGGACUGUUGGUUGCUCUGUGGAUGUACGGGUCCAGGACUAUAAGGAGGGAACCCCGGAGGAGAAAACCUACUACAUUGAACUCUGGGAUGUCGGAGGAUCUGUUGGCAGUGCUAGCAGUAUCAAAAGCACCAGAGCUGUCUUCUAUAAUUCAGUUAAUGGAAUUAUGUUGGUGCACGAUUUAACAAAUAAGAAAUCCUCCCAGAAUCUCUACCGCUGGUCACUAGAAGCUUUAAACAAAGAUUCUUCUCCAACAGGAGUCAUCGUCUCAAACGGCAGUGACUAUGACAGAGAGCAGUUUGCUGAGAACGCGGUGCCUUUGCUGCUGAUCGGCACCAAGUUCGAUCAGAUCGCAGAGAACAAACGCAGUGAAGUUCUCACUCGGACGGCCUUCCUGUCUGAAGACUUCAAUGCAGAGGAGAUCAAUCUCGACUGCACAAACCCGAGAUACCUCGCUGCAGGAACAUCAAACGCAGUGAAGCUCAGCAGGUUCUUUGACAAGGUAAUAGAGAAGAGAUAUUUCACAAGGGAUCCAAGUCAGAUGGCGGGUUUCACAGACAGAAAACGGUUCAACUUCAAAAGUUUGCACUAUGACUGACGAGCUGUGAACGCAACAGCGACGGUCUGUGGUUUGACCCUGAUGCCUCUGGGCUUUUACACCACAAUGAAACCAUCACACCCCCCCGCCCGCCCGCUCAUUGUUUUUCACUGACGUUUCUUUAUGCAAAUCCUUUUUCAUCUGCUGUUAUGUAAAGACUUAAACUUGUGAAUUUUGCAAAAGGGAGUUAAGCACAUAUCAGAAAUGAAGAAACAUGCUUGAGGCACAUGUUGUAAAUGUACAGCAAGAUUUUGUGUUAAAUCACAGUUUUUAAUUCCAUGUUUUUUUUGUACAAUCAGUUGUAUUUGUUCACAUGCAAAUCAUUUACACAUACCAGUUUCAUGAUUUUUUUUUUUUUUUUCUUUUUCAAAACUAAGACUAAGAUUAAUUCUCAAAAUGUUUACCAUGAUAUUUAAUAAGCAAGUGAAGAAAGGACAUCAUUCUUGGCCUCUGAAAAGUGGCUCAUGCAACAUUCCCCAAACCCUUCAUCACUUCCUUAAUCCAGGGGAGGAAGACGUGGACUUUAGUGAAGACAUGGGGAUACUUGGGAUCAUUACAAUUGCUUUCCAAGGUAUAUUCUGUUAAACCCUGAGGCUUGCUGUUGCAGAUAAGUGGUCCACCGGAGUCACCCUGAGAGAAACACAACAGAAAGUUGAUUGAGUAGACUGCAAAACAAAUAAAGAUUACACUUGCUUACACUUGAUUAAUAAAAGGAAACAGUUUUCUCCAUGUUUUCAGCAU